AUGGCUGCCUCCCACAUCUCGGAAGAGGACUCGCAGCUCGUCUUGGAUCUGUACGCGCUCUCGAAUAAGAACAGAAAGCUCGUGCGCGCGUCCGAACACCCGGCCCCCGCAGACCCGACGAUCAAAAUCAGCAGCUGGAAGAUGAACGAGUUCAAAUACUACGACAUUCCCAGCCCGUUCCCGACACUUGCCCGCGGGUUGUUUACGCGUCAAAUCGGGGACAAGUACAAGAUCGUCGCCAGAGGAUACGACAAGUUCUUCAACAUCGGCGAGGUCCCGUGGAACACGUGGACUGCGCUCGAGAGGCAUACAGGUUCGCCUUACACGCUCACCCUCAAGUCCAAUGGAUGCAUCAUCUUCAUUGCCGCCCUCACCGCAGACAAGCUGCUCGUCACGUCCAAGCACUCGGUUGAUUCGCCACACGCAAAAGUCGGCGAACAGUGGCUACAUAAGCACCUUGCGUCGAAGGGCAAAGCGCCCGAGGAACUCGCGCGAACUCUCUGGGAGAAGAACUGGACUGCGGUAGCAGAGCUCUGCGACGACUCCUUCGAAGAGCACGUCCUCCCCUACGGUCCAGAAGUCACCGGAUUACACCUUCACGGCCUCAACGCCAACUCGCGGCACUUUAAGACCGAGCAGCCCGAGACCGUCGAAAAGUUCGCGCACGAAUGGGGGUUCAUCCCGACGAAGUCCACCGUGCUGCGCUCCAUCCCGGACGUGAAAGCGUUCACGGACGAGAUCGGCAAGACCGGGUCUUGGAACGGCGAGCCGCUCGAGGGCUUCGUCGUCCGGACGCACGUCACCGAGCCACCCACUGACGGGCGCACGACGCGCGACCGGUCGCCGUACGAGCCCGGCUCGUCCUUCUUCUUCAAGGUCAAAUUCGACGAGCCGUACAUGAUGUACCGUGACUGGCGCGAGGUGACGAGAGCGAUCCUCGCCGGGAAGGAGCCACCCAAGUCGAAGAUGAAGCGCGCGGAGACGAAGGCUUACGUGCGCUGGGUGCGGGAGGAGAUCAAGAGGGACCCGGCGGCGUUCAAGGAAUACCAGAACAACAAGGGUAUCGUUGCCACCCGUCAGCGGUUCUUGCGCUACUUGAAAAGCGAGAAGGGCGAGGCGGCGGUGGAGGAGGUUACGCGGAUGGUCGCGGAUGCCGGGCUGAAUGACAGGGAGGAGAAGAAGGAGUUCGGGAAGACGAUCAUUGUGCCGGUUGCAAUACCUGGAUGCGGGAAAACAUGCAUCGCCGUCGCGCUUUCGCACCUGUUUGGCUUCGGGCACACGCAGAGCGACGACGUGCAGGGCAAAAAGGCGGGCCAGACGUUCGUCAAGAACGUGGUUAAUCUGCUGCGCACCCACGACGUCGUCAUCGCGGACAAAAACAACCACCUGCGCAUGCACCGCACUGCGCUCCGGGACGCGACAAAGCACAUGCAGCCGCCCGUGCGGCUCAUGGCGCUCAACUGGGCGCUGGACCAGCCGCCGUCGACGAUCCACCGCAUCUGCGGCGACCGCGUCCUGGCGCGGGGAGACAACCACCAGAGCCUGCGCGGAGACCCGCUCGCGCGCGCGCACGAAGACGUGCUCUGGCAGUUCCUCGAGCGCUCCGAGGAGCUCGGGGAUGACGAGGUCGACGUGUCGAUCGAGAUGAGCCUGGAAGAUACCCCGGAGCAGGCGCUCCGCCGCGCUGUCGACGGCUGCGUGCGCGUGCUCGGCGUACCGCCUCCUAGCGACGACAGAAUUGCGGAGGCCCUCACAGUCGCGCGUGGGUACGCGCCGACGGUGAAGCACCCCGACAAGAACAAGGGGAAGAAGGACGCCUCGACGCCGCGAUACUUUGGGCUGUUGCCGGAGAUGGACGUGGAAAAGGUCGUGGAUGACGCGAUCGUGCGCGCGGAGGUGUCGGCGGAAGGCAGGGCGUUCUGGGACAAGCUCGUCGAGCAGAAGCGCGUCGCCAAGCGGCCGCAUGUCACGAUCGUGCACUCCAAAUCUCUCCCGCACGAGAAGGACCUAUGGGGUCGGUGUACGACACUACACGCGUCGACAAAGCCGCCGCUGUUCUCGUUCCGGCUCGGCCACCUUGUUUGGGACGACCGCGUAAUGGCGCUCACAGUGGAAGACCUCGCGGUGUCCAAGGACGUGCCGGAUCCGUACGAGGAGGGCGUGGCGUUCUUGGUCAAGCUACCGAAGGAGGUCGCGGGCCGGCUGCAUAUCACCGUCGGCACACGCGAUAAGGACGUCAAUCCGGUGGAGGCGAAGGAUCUAGUACAACGGUGGCGGAACGGCGACUCCGAUGUCAAUGCCGUUCCGUUGGAUAAGGUGUUUGUCAAAGGGAGACUCAAGGGUCUCUUCUAA